AUGCCUAAAAUAAAGAAUAAUAUAGAGAAAUUAAAACAUCCUAAUAGCAGAAAAACUUUAAAAGUUAUAAGUAAAAUCAAGAAAAGCGAAAAGAAAGAACAAAAUAAAGUUGGUACACAUAUAAAACAAAACCUAAUUGGUGAAAAGAUUUUGUGGUUUAAAGAACGAAUACCGGCUGAAUGCGAGGUUUUAAAUAAAGAACAGGUUCUGAAAUUGAUAGAAGAGUAUUUGGCGCGGUUUGAUGAGGAAUUGGAACAAAUUGCUUUGAAAAAUUCAAUCGGACAGAGGAAAAACCGUCAGCAUGCUAGCAGAGAAGAUAUUAUCAAUAUUACCAAGAAACAGGAAUCAGAAGAAUUCGAUACAUGUGGUAUAGAGAUGCCAGACCUGUUAGAUCGUCAACAAAUGGAUGUGUUGAAAAAUUGGAGUGGUGAAUUGAGGUUCUUACAGCACUUUAAGUUAAGAAGAAUAGCUAGAAAGCAUUUAAUAUAG